UUUUCUUAGUGUGAGAAGUAUACAUAUACAAAAAUGAAAUUCAUUUUAGCAGCACUUUUACUUUUACUUGCAUCAAUAAGUCGAUUAGUUGUUAUUCAUAAUGGGAAAAUUGGUCAAAAAGAAGUUGUUGUUUCAAUACCUAUUCAUGAAUGUUACCGUCAUGUCACAAAUCUGUAUACGUAUCCUCGUUGGAUACCUUCCGUUUUAUCCAUAGAAAAUUUGACGAAAUCAUUCCAUCUUGCUAUUGGUGAAGAGUUUAUUAUGGUGGUUGAUUAUGGAUUUUUAGGUACUAUGUCCUAUGUUGCACAAAUAUUAUCUAUUGAGCCAAAUACCAGCUUCACCUUUAUCCUAGACGACUGGUUAGAGACAAGAUUUGAUUUUUCUUUCACCUCUAUUGACCAAGAAAAAUCCAGGAUGAAAUUAACCAUCAGCUCAAAUAAAAAUAACAUGUUUUAUAAACAUAUCAUCUUACCAAUUGCUCAUUUAUACUAUACCAAUUGGUUAACACAAUGUUUAUUACGUUUUCAAUUGGCAUAUUCUUAAUGAAUAAUUUAAACGCAAAUUUAUAUACAAAAAGAGUAAAAAAAGAAAAACGAAGAGAAAAACAAAAAUAAAAAAGAAUUUGAAUGAAUCCCAUAGUGUAAUAAAAACAAAUAAAAUAUUGAUUUUUAUGGGAUUCAAUUAUGGGAUAAUGUUUAGAAUGAUAAUCGAUUAAGUGCCUAUAUAUUAUCAUUGUACCGUAUAAUAUUUCGAAUUGUUUGUUCUUUUUGAUAUUCAAAUACUGAAUAAAUUGUGUGUGUGUUUUUUUUAAAAAAAAACCCACUUUGUACCAUAACCAUCGUUCUACAUUUUUUUGAUUUUGGUUUCUAUAGUAACAUUACAGAAAG